CUUAUAUUUUGUUCAAGUAAAUAAACAAUCUAAUGUGCUUUCUCUUGCUUGGGGCAAGGCUUGAAUUAACUGAUCGACUCGGCCAUCAUUUUGAGUCUCAGAAAAAAUGAAGCACACCUUGACGAAGAAGAAAAAGAAGUAUCAUCGACCACGUGCGACGAAAACGCCGACCGUCAAUUAUUAUUCAUUACCUGAUAUGACACGUAAGCAGGACCAGCUCCCAACAGAAAAUGAUAGCCUGUCGGCUUUAAAUGAUUCGUCACCUGAUAUGACACGUCCGCAGGAUCAGUGGCCGGAAAAAGAAGUUCUGCAAAAGAAAGCUCUCAACUCGAUCAGUUUAACCUUUGGAUCGUUGUCUCUUGAAGAAGUCAAGUUCGCUUUUAACAAAGCCGAUCCCGGUUUAGAUAAAUCGACGGAGGCUCUAUCCAAUUCGAUUAAUAAAGAUAACAAAAGUGAAUAUCAGGAGCUGUCGACGAGCUUGAUCCGGGAUGGAUCUUCUCCGUCGGGUUUAUCUGGAUCGAGUUUUGCCAAAACGGGUUGCGUAAAGAAUCUGAGUAGCGGGAACGCCGGUAUGGGACGGUGCAGAGGUAGAAAGCAGCCGAAGCGAUUGGCGGCGGCAACGGGGACGGUGUCGACGGUUAUCGGGAAAGAGUACGUAAAAGCAAGCGCACGACGAGACUCAACUGCCGAGGCAGCCACGUCAUAUACGGCUUUAGAUGCAUUGAUGGACUCAUCUACUUAUUCAUAUGAAGAAUCCAACAAUUACAUUCACAACGUGAACAUCGGACAAGAUACAGGAUUCCUCAGUGAACAUGCAGGCAAUUUUCAUGCCAGUUCUGAACCUCUGCUACCAUCUUGCCCGAGGAGUAACGUGUCAAGUUUCCCUCGGGAAGUUUUGGAUUCUUUAUUUAACUUCGCCACAAGUUCCGAACAUGAACCAAGCACAAUGAAUUGGAGGAAUGUCUUAAAGAAGAUGCAAUCGUUGGGACCAGAAGUUAAUGUGUGUCCAUCUGAUGUUGCAGAGCCUCAGCAGGAUAUCUAUGCCGAGGGAGAUGGAUAUCAUGAAUUUAGAAAGACCGCCGAAGAGCACUGGGAUUCUAGGAAAUCCUACCGUCGGAAGGCGGCUAAGGCGAAGUCCGAGGGGCAAUGGGAGUAUGCGGCUUAUCUUUCUGAUCAGGGGAAGAAGCAUACUCAACUGGCAAGGGAGGCAGAUGAAAAGGCAAGCCAGGAUAUAUUUAAAGCUAGGAACAAAGGCUUUGAAAAUGUGAUAACAAUUGAUUUACACGGGCAACAUGUCGAGCAAGCUAUAAAACUCUUAAAACUGCAUCUUCUGUUCGGAACCCAUGUUCCUUCGGUUCGAGCUCUGAGAGUUAUCACUGGACAUGGGAAACAUUGUAUGGGGAAAUCAGAAAUGAAACAGUCGGUUAUUAAGCUUCUGAAGAAGGAGGGUAUUCGGUGGUGUGAAGAGAACAGUGGAACUGUGCUUGUGAAGCUUGAUGGAUACAGAGAGUUUAGCUUCAUAGAAACUGAUAGUGAGACCCAGUAAACUAAUUAUGGGUGUUUUACAAACAACUUAUCGAUGAUAGCUGGUAGCUAAUUCUAGUAGUUGGUUUGAUCAACUAAUUUGAUUAGUUGAUUUGAAAAAUUAAUUUGAUUAACUGUUUAUAUAAAAAUAUUUGGUAAAAUUUAGCUUAUAAUUUAUAGUUG